AUGGUUUACUUAGCUCGGUCGGACCUCUCCGAAAUUAUUUUAAUUCCUGAUUUUGUUUUUCAGUUAUGCGAUUUAAGAACUAGCCGUAUCUGGCUGGGUAUUGCCAGUGCAGGACCUGGACUUUUGUGGAAAGUAUACAAUGGUGUUAAGAAAACCACAAAGCAGGAAGUGGCCAUAUUUGUCUUUGAGAAAAAAUUACUUGAUCGCUAUAGUAAACAAGACAGAGAUACCAUCAUAGAUGUCUUAAAAAGGGGUGUGUCACAGCUUACACGUCUACGGCACCCAAGAAUUCUUUCUGUACUUCAUCCCCUGGAAGAAUCUAGAGAAAGUUUAGCCUUUGCUACUGAGCCUGUAUUUGCUAGUCUUGCUAAUAUUGUGAAAUGCUAUCACAAUUUGCCAUCUAAUCUGCCGAAGGAACUGGAAGAACAUAAACUCUAUGAAGUAGAAAUCAAAUACGGCCUGCUGCAGCUAAUUGAAGCUUUGGCUUUCUUACACAAUGAUGUCAACAUGAUGCAUCAUAAUAUCUGCCCAGAAACUAUUAUAGUCAACCGAAAUGGUGCCUGGAAACUUUGUGGCUUUGAUUUUUGUAUCCCAAACUCAAGCAGCUCAGAUCAGAAUCCAUCAUUUGAUUUCAAAGACUGGGAUUGUGACAUUCCUCCUGUAGCCCAACCUCACUUGGACUACCUUGCCCCAGAGUAUUCCCUGACAAUGUCUUGCAGCCAUGCAAGUGACAUGUUCUCUUUGGGUGCACUCAUCUUUGCUGUCUUCAACAAUGGUAAACCUAUUUAUGAAUGCCAUAAUGACAUAUCAGAAUUCAAGAAAAAUGCGGAAGAACUGCGUCACUUGCGCCAGUCUUUGCUUGGUUGUGUUCCUGAUGAGGUACGUGAACAUGUCAAAAUGUUGCUGAAUGCAGAACCUUCUGUACGGCCAGAUGCAGACCAGUUGACAAAGAUUCCUUUUUUUGAAGAUGUUGGUUCUAUGACCCUUCAGUAUUUGGAUACAUUGUUUCAGAGAGACAAUUUACAGAAAUCCAAAUUUUUCAAAGGUUUACCAAAGAUAGUAUCCAAACUGCCAAAGAGGGUCAAUCAGCAGCGAAUAUUACCGCCCUUGUUCAAAGAAUGUGUCAAUCCAGACAUGAUUCCUUUUGUCCUUCCCAGUAUUCUCUAUGUGGCUGAACAAUCAACUGACAAAGAAUAUGUCAGCAUCAUUUUUCCUGAACUCAUCCCCAUGUUCAAGUUACAGAAACCUGUACAGAUUCUGUUAAUAUUCCUGCAAAACAUGACUUUACUUUUGGGUAAGACCAGUGCCACAGACAUUAAAAAUCACGUAUUGCCUAUGGUCUAUCAUGCUCUUGAGUCCAAUGACCCCCAAAUUCAGGAACUGGUUUUGAACAUCACUCCCACAUUUGCAAGUUUGAUUGAUUAUACAUCCUUAAAAAAUUCCAUUGUACCAAGGAUCAAGAAAAUGUGCUUAGCAACUUCAAGUCUUUCAGUUCGUGUUGGUUGUCUGGUGUGCCUUGGCAAAUUACUAGAAUACAUGGACAAGUGGUAUGUACUUGAUGAAGUCUUUCCACUGCUUCCACAAAUUCCUUCUCGAGAACCAGGCGUGCUUAUGAGUAUAUUAGGAAUCUUUAAAGUAACCCUGUCACAUGCAAAAUUAGGAAUCACCAAAGAGAUAUUGGCAACCAAAGUGAUCCCUUUCCUUGUACCACUUUGUAUUGAGAAUAAUCUCAACCUGAACCAGUUCAAUGCAUAUAUUUCUGUCGUCAAAGAAAUGGUUGCCAAAGUGGAGACUGAACAACGCACCAAAUUGGAACAACUCAAUUCCAUGCAACAAGAACAAAAAACUAUAGAAAUCAGCAAACUCACUGUUACGGAUGAGAAGAAUUUACUGCCUGAACUGACCCAAAAUAACCAACCUCUGACCAUGUCUGAGCAAGAAAAUCGUCCCAAGAUGGAUAAGUUCCUUUCUGGUUUCAACCUCGGAGGAUUGCUGACAUCUUCAAUCAAAACUGACACAGGCCAGAUCCUUGAUAAUUCUCUAGAGAAGAGUCCAUCUGAAAUGAACCAAAUUCGGCCACUCAAUCAACCUACCAAGGUGAACUUGAGUCUUGAGGAGAAGCAGAGGUUGGCACGGGAACAAGAACAGCAACAGUUAUACAAAAAACAGGCACCAUUGGUCCCAAAUUCAUUGAAGGAAAGGAGUGUCAACAACAACACUGGAAGCAGCAGCAGCAACAGCAGCCACCAACCCAAAGACUUGACAUCAACUUUACUCAACAACAACCUCAACCAGUUGCAGAGAUCUAGCACCCUCAAUUCCUCUUGGAACCCCACUCCCCCUGCUAAUACAGCCUUCAUGAGCUCCCCUAGUAGCAUAGGAAGCAACAGCAUUGGUGGAGGUGCCAUGAUGCAGAGGACCAAUUCACUGACAGCCCCCAUUAAUAAUAAACCUGUAGACCUCUCAGCCUUUGACAAGCUCCUUUCACCAACAUCAUCACAAGUAAAGCCAUCACUUAACCAAAUGGCAAUGAAGUCAUCCAAUUCUUCUAUGCCAGGAAUGGGUAUGAACCCAACAAACAUGAGUCUUUUAGGAGGAGCUGGUGAUGUUUCUGACAAGCAGAAGAAGUCUUCCAAAUUUUUGUUCAGAGUUUGA